AGCGACCGGUGGGGCGGGGCCGACGGCUCAGGGUCUCCCGGCGCGGACGAGUUGGUAAACAGAUCCGGAGCGCGUGUCGGGCGCCAGCGGUGCGGCGAGUUCUCUGAGGCGGCGCGAAGGUGACUGCGGAUCCCAGCUUCCUGCCCCGGGGAGGAGAGGAGCAGCAUCUGGUCCAAACCUGGGAAACUUUGUGCCUUAAAGACCAGUGCUUUUGCAAGACACAGCACGAACUUCAUGGCAAUGGCUCCGGAAGUUUCUAAGUGCAUAGUCCUGUUAUGAGGGAUGACAGUACCAGUCCAGGGGCCACUCUGAGUGGCGCUGGCCCAGGCAGUGCGCUCAGGGAGGCAUUGAGGUAGCCCUGAAGGAUGGCUACCAUGUUGGGGGACGCCAUCAUGGUGGUCAAAGGCCUUGCCAAGCUGGCCCAGGCGGCCGUGGAAACCCAUCUGCAGCACUUGGGCCUCGGCGGGGAGCUCAUCAUGUCGGCCAGCGCCCUGCAGUCCACGGCGGCCGAGAAGAUCGGCAUGGUGUUGGGGAUGGUUCAGGGUCAGAAGUAUGAGGAGCCUAACGUCGCCGAGAACUUCGAGGACCUGGAAGCAGAGUCCCACUUCUCCGGGCCGGGGGCCGACGGAGCCUCCGCAGGUUUCUCUGCAGCCUCCUCGCCCGACCAGUCACCACCGCCGCCCUGGGAUCACACAGGCAGCAAGGGCCCAGCUCCUGCGUAUGCUGACAGCGGACCCUUUAGGGAAGCGGGCCUCCCGGGCCAGGCCGCCUCCCCUCUGGGCAGGGCGAAUGCGAGGCUCUUCGUAGACACCAGCGCCCCCUUCUUGGGCACCGGCCUUCAGCGAAGGUUCUUCCAUCAGGACCAGUCCCCCGUGGGGGGCCUCACGGCCGAGGACAUUGAGAAGGCCCGGCAGGCCAAGGCUCGCCCCGAGAGCAAGCCCCACAAGCAGAUGCUCAGUGAGCGGGCGCGGGAACGGAAGGUGCCAGUUACGAGGAUUGGGCGGCUGGCCAACUUCGGAGGUCUGGCCGUGGGUCUGGGCUUUGGGGCACUGGCUGAGGUCGCCAAGAAGAGCCUCCGCCCUGAGGACCCCUCAGGGAAGAAGGCCGUGCUGGACUCCAGCCCCUUCCUGUCCGAGGCCAACGCGGAGCGCAUCGUGAGCACGCUGUGCAAGGUGCGCGGGGCGGCGCUCAAGCUGGGCCAGAUGCUGAGCAUCCAGGACGAUGCUUUCAUCAACCCCCAUCUGGCCAAGAUCUUUGAGCGGGUGAGGCAGAGCGCUGACUUCAUGCCGCUGAAACAGAUGACGAAAACUCUCAACAAUGAUCUGGGCCCCAACUGGCGGGACAAGCUGGAGUAUUUUGAGGAGCGGCCCUUUGCCGCCGCCUCCAUUGGACAGGUGCACCUGGCCCGCAUGAAGGGGGGCCGCGAGGUGGCCAUGAAGAUCCAGUACCCUGGCGUGGCCCAGAGCAUCAACAGUGACGUCAACAACCUCAUGGCCGUGCUGAACAUGAGCAACAUGCUCCCGGAAGGCCUGUUCCCUGAGCACCUGAUUGACGUGCUGAGGCGGGAGCUGGCCCUUGAGUGUGACUACCAGCGAGAGGCCGCCUGUGCCAAGAAGUUCAGGGAGCUGCUGAAGGACCACCCCUUCUUCUACGUGCCCGAGAUCGUGGACGAGCUCUGCAGCCCCCACGUGCUGACCACAGAGCUGGUGUCCGGUUUCCCCCUGGACCAGGCCGAGGGGCUGAGCCAGGAGAUCAGGAACGAGAUCUGCUACAACAUCCUGGUCCUGUGCCUGAGGGAGCUGUUCGAGUUCCAAUUCAUGCAGACAGACCCCAACUGGUCCAACUUCUUUUACGACCCUCAGCUGCACAAGGUGGCUCUCCUGGACUUCGGCGCAACUCGGGAAUUUGACAAGUCCUUCACUGACCUCUACAUCCAGAUCAUCAGGGCUGCUGCCAACAGGGACCGGGAGGCCGUGUUGAAGAAAUCCAUAGAGAUGAAGUUCCUCACCGGCUAUGAGGUCAAGGCCAUGGAAGACGCCCACCUGGACGCCAUCCUCAUCCUGGGCGAGGCCUUUGCCUCAGAGGAGCCUUUUGACUUUGGCACCCAGAGCACGACCGAGAAGAUUCACAACCUGAUCCCCAUCAUGCUGAAGCAUCGUCUCAUCCCGCCCCCGGAAGAGACCUACUCACUGCACAGGAAGAUGGGGGGCUCCUUCCUUAUCUGCUCCAAGCUGAAGGCCCGCUUCACCUGUAAGGCCAUGUUCGAGGAGGCCUACAGCAACUACUGCAAAACGCGCACCGAGCAGUAGCCGCUGGGCUCGUGCUCCGUGGGAACUGUCCGCCCUCGUGCAGCUGCGACUAGUAGAAGGAGGCUGGGCUGCAUUUCACCUCCUGUGCCCAAGGAGAAGGGGGGCUGGCUCUGACGCAGGGGACGCUGCUUGGAGCCCCGUCACCAGCGCUUGUUCACGGUUUUUAUCUCUAAGGGGGUGUGGAAUGGCAAUGAAACUGCAACUACUCUGUCAGAAUCUACCUGUUUAUCCAUGUCCUCUGAAAUACUCUAGAUAAAGGUAAAAAGGCAAUUUUAUUUCCUUUUCCUUUUCGUAACAAGGGUUUUCCCUAAUGUGAAUUAUCCGGAAGAUGAGAAAGUACUCCCUUUGAAUCCCUGCCACCAAAAAUUUAUGGAGAAGCCGUUUUGGAUUUUCUUGAACGUGUAGUACAGGUUUGCGUGUGCAUAUGUUUCUCGAAUGAGAUUGGUGUUCUCUGCCCUGUUCCUCUCCAGCCCAUGCUCUGGAGCCGGGAGAAGUGCUCAUCUGAGCAGUGCCAACAAGUUCUAUUUAACCACCUGAGGCCCAGCCUGCUCUUUGCUGCCUUCCAUGGAGGGGUCAUGGAGGGGUCAGGAGCAGCAGAGGGGGGAGAAAAGUGACCUAGCUCUCGUCUCUGUGCUAGGAGACGGUGUGUGUGGGGGGGAACCUCCUUCCCGCUCCAGGCCCAGGAGCUUUUGUGGAAGGAGAUGAAUGUGCAGAUGUCACCCGGUUGGACCUGAGGGAGUCAUCACAGGCUCUGUUAAUUUUUGUACAAUUCUUGUAAUUGUCUGAUUUACUUGUUUCAAUAAAAACACAACAUCCUA